AUGCAUGCAACCAGAAACAUGGGUGAAAAAGUUGUAUCUUGGAUCUUCUUUCUUCAUCUACUAGUAAUCAUGAGUUCCAAUGGAAGCAGAGCGAGAGAAAUGGCUGGAACAGAAAACAAACACUUGGAUAAUGCACAGGAAGAAGGUGAUACUCAUCAACCAGCACACAGAGAUCAUCAUGCACAUGCUCACUUCACAACCCACAUGGAUCAUAUAGACCCUUCUGUAAUGGUGUUCUUCACCUUGAAUGAUUUGAAAGUUGGUAAAAGAAUGCCAAUUCAUUUUCCCAAGAGAGACCCUGCAACCUCACCUCGGUUGUGGCCAAGAGAAAAAGCUGAAUCAGUUCCUUUCUCAUUGAACCAAAUGCAACACCUUCUCAAGUUCUUCUCUUUCUCUCCAGAUUCUUCUCAAGCCAAAGCCAUGGAAGAUACCUUGAGGGAAUGUGAGAGCAAACCCAUCAAAGGAGAGAACUACACCAUCUUAGAAAACAUCAUAGAAAUCCAAGCUCCUAAGAUGGUAGCUUGUCAUACCAUGCCUUACCCUUAUGCUGUUUUUUAUUGUCACAGCCAAGAAAGUGAGAACAGGUUAUAUAAGAUUCCACUUGCUGGUGAUAAUGGGGAUAGGGUGGAAGCUAUGGUUGUUUGUCACUUGGAUACCUCACAAUGGGGUCAUGGUCAUGUUGCAUUUCAAGUUCUUAAGGUUAUGCCGGGAAGCUCUUCUGUGUGCCACUUUUUCCCAGCAGAUCAUCCCAUCUGGGUUCCCAAACUGCAAUCCAACGGUUUUUCAACCAUGUAAUUUUAGUAUCAUGUGCUUACAC